CGUGGUGGGCUCACUAAUGAAGUAGUCUGCUAACUAGUGAGGGUUUAAUUGGCCUGUUGGGAUCGUUCAAUCCCUCGUGAAUCCUAAUGUAUGUGUAUCUCUGGUGGAAUCUCGCCGGCUCCUCGUGGUAUCUCUUCCGUCUCCAGCAGGACGGGAUGGAGCUGAUGUGGUGUUGGGUUGAUAUAUAUAUGUGGAAACGAUGGUGAUGAGGCUAUGAGGUCACUGAGACGUCACUGAGAGCAGCUUCAUAAAUACUGAGAAGUUCUGAAGCGCUUCUAACUCUGGAUUGUCCAGUGAUCAGCUGACUCACGGCCGCUCAGCGCAUGGCGUCGUCUCCGCUCUACAUCGCCGUGUACCUCUUUCUGGUUCUGCUGGGGAACGUGGGGAACACCACCGUCAUCGCAGUGGUCGGGGAAAGCCUUCUGAGGGAGACGGGAGCCGUCCGAAGCUCUGACCUGAUUCUGGUCAACAUGGCUUUCUCCAACCUGAUGGUGUCGUUGGCGAGAAACUCUCUCCUGGUGAUCUCUGACAUGGGAAUGGAGGUUUUUCUCAGUAGAAACUGGUGUCGCUUCAUGAUGGGCGUUUGGGUUUGGCUGCGCUCUGCAAAUGUUUGGUCGACGUUCUUUCUAAGCGCCUUUCAUUUUCAAACAUUGCGUCGGGUCGCCCCGCCCAUCACCAACGUGCACGGCCACCCCGGACCCCCCAAACCCCUCAUAUUUGGGCUGUGCCUCAUCUGGAGUCUCAAUCUGAUCUACUCCAUCCCAGCGUUUGUGUUCUCCAGGAACGGAGACAAGAACUCCACCGAGACGCUGAUGUUGGUGAGCAGCACCACUCGCCCCCUGCUUGGCUGUAUUUGGGACUUCCCAUCAGUCUACAGCGGCCUGGCCUUCGCCACCUCCUCCAUGCUGAUCCACGAAUGCCUUCCCAUCUGCCUGAUGAGUGUCACCAAUCUGGGCUCGCUGCUGACGCUGUACGCUCACGGACAAACACGACGAGCCGCCAACAAGAGUCCGGACGUGCCGGUCAUCACCCGGAUCCCUGCGGAGCGACGGGCGGCUAAGGUGAUUCUGGCUCUGAAUAUUCUCUUUAUUUUGUCGUGGGGCGGCAGUGUCAUCUCUGUCAACUACUUCAACUAUAACCGCAGAUCUUCCCGCUCUUCCACGGAGUUCCUGCUCAUCGUGGCUCGCAUCACUAACAUCACCUUCAUCGCGCUGUCGCCCGUCGUCCUCGCCGUGGGACACAGGAAGCUCAGAGCGUUUCUGAAGUCAGUUCUGUCGCGUGUAAUCUGACAGAAAACCUCUCGCUCCAUUUGGACAGACAAACUACAGAUAUCAUGUCAUUUCCUGCAUCAUAAUAGCCUGUAUCUUUGUGUCGCAUUAUUUAUUUUUAAUAAAGUUGCAUGUAUUUACUCAAGAACGAAGAAUUAGGGUUGUGUGCCUUUCAAAAUGC